ACAAAGAGUGCCGACGACGACAGCGACAACUACAACCAGACCAGCCAAACCAGUCCGAUGUCCGUCAUCAUCACUCGCGGCAGCAACAGCAGCAGCAGUUACCGCAAAUACUAGUCUGUUGGCAGUCAGUCAGUUAUUUUACUCCGAGUUGAUCGGCGAAUUUUCGAGUGCGAAAAAUUCGAUUUUUCACAGCGGACUUUUGUUUAUUUAUGUGCAAGUGAAUUUUUCUUGACGUAAUUUUUUAUUUUCCUUUGCUGAAAAUCAUUGUGACCUAUACAAAAAUCUGUACGUUUGUGCUUCGCGAAUUGUGCGUAGAAUACUACUUAACUUCGGUGAACCGCCAGGCAAAGAACAAAGACAGUUACCACAACAAAAAAAUUGGCAAAAAAGUUUUUUCUUAACAAAACCCCAGUGGCAAGCAACCGCACGCACAGAAGCGAAGCGAAAAUAAGAACUAAACAAUUUUUAAAAGCUAAGAGAUACAAAUUAAUAAACUAAAAAAUUAUCAAUAAAGCAAGCGACAUAAUAAUUAGCAACAACUAAAGCAAACAUGGGCCAAGUUUUCGGCAAUCCGAACAAUGUUCACGGCGAAUAUCCGGCGACCACAAGCAAAUAUAUUGGUAUUAAGUGUCCAGUAUGUAACAAAUUUGUGUUGCCCGACGAUAUUGAAUGCCAUUUAGUUAUGUGCCUCACAAAGCCGCGACUGUCAUACAAUGAGGAUGUUUUAUCCGAUGCCAAGGGCGAAUGCGUAAUUUGCUUAGAAGAUUUGAAUCCCGGUGAUAUUAUAGCGCGAUUGCCGUGCUUGUGUAUUUAUCAUAAAGGCUGCAUCGAUCGAUGGUUCGAGGUGAAUCGAUCUUGCCCCGAGCAUCCCGGCGACUAGUUAAACCUAACUAAUUUUAGAGAGGGUAAUGAAACGGAAUCAUAACUAAUCAAUCUAUUGAGUAAUAAUGAACCUAGUGAUAUAAUCUAUAUUCAGAAAAUAUUAAAAUAGAAAUUAGUUGUAAAUUCUUUUUUAUACUGUGACGUAAAAUUAGGUGAACAUAAUAAUAUAUAAACUUUAAAUGAAAAAAACCCAAAAAAAAAACAA